AUUGUUGAUUUUUUUAAUGUAUGUUUCUAUUGUUUUUUAUUUACAUCAAUAUUAUUGAAUAAGAUGAAUAGUUGAUUAAACAAAAUCAGUGUGAAAUUCUAGAAACACUUAUUGAAGUGAAACACUUACAUUUAAUUUGUAUAGUUGAUUAUGGCUAUAAUUUAUAUAAAUUAUAUUUAAAUAUAAUAUAUCUAAUUUAAAUUAAAAAACUAUAAAAUAUACUUUAAUAUUAUUAUAAUACUCUAAUAUAUUUUUUAUAAAUUUAUUUUUUAUUAACAAAAAGUCAAAUCAAAAUAACUUAACAUAACUCAACCCACACAGUAGAACAGAUCUUCCAACGCGCUUGAAGGAGGCACAGUCCCCAAGAUACUGGCUACGUUGCCUCGUUGGACAGCCAGACUCACUCUCUGUGCAAAGUACCAGCCAGCCUUAGCAUCAUGUGUAUAUAUAAUAUGCUCUAAUAUAUAAUAUGCUUAAACUCAUGAUUAUAAAUAUAUUUCAAAUAAAAACCAUGGUUUAUUUUUUUUCAAAGCUAUAUUUGUUUUGAACGGUAAUAUGAAAAAGCUGUUAAAUUUUCUAUUCAGUACUGUAUUUUAUCUGUACGGUAUAUCUCGCAUAUAUAUUACAUAAAUUACUAUAAUAACUUGGUUACGAUUUAUUAUGUUCACUAGCUAUAAUAAUAAUAAACUUUAUAAAAGUCGAUAGUGUGCUGCUACAAUUCAACACUUUUCACACAACCUCAUAAAACCUACCACAAUAAUUCCGUAACUUACUAUUGCAGAAUAAUGAAACUUUUCUUGAUACUGUAAAAAAUAUAUUUUCAUAUUGCAGCCAACAGGAAGCAUAUAAUUUAAAUCAGAUGGCAAAAUAGUAUUUCAUAAAAAUAGCUUUCAUUUGCUGUUUCAAUGACCGUAAUAGUCCCAGUUGUUAGAAAGUUAUUAAGAAAAACAGUCAAUAUUUUUCCUGUAAAAUUUGCUUUUUUCGAUUACCGACUUAUUGCACAGGGGGUCGAUAAACAUAAACAUAAACCUCCUCUUUGAGUACCCACCUAUCUGUAAAGGGCAACAUUACGUUAGUGCCGGAUAGAUGGCGCUAAUGGCAUUGAUUUUUAUCUUAUUUUAUAAACCUUAUUAAUAUGUGGAAUUCAUAUUAAGUCUAUAAAUAGAAAAGAGAUUAUUUGUGUGUGUUCACGUACAAUAAUCUUACGUGGUUAGCUUUUAUGUUUUCAUAUAUAAUUGCUCUAUGUUGCGGGCGAAGUCGCGGCAGUAGCUAAUACCUACAUAAUAACAGCCCUAAUACAAUAGUUAGAAACAAUACAACAUACAAUUAGUGUAGGUAAUGUAGUUGUCGUGGCACCAUAUUGUCACUGGGCGACUGGACACACACUCACGCCUGUGCCGCCUCUGUCCACGAUUAUACUACUACAAUAUAGUGCGGCUUACGAUGACAUAUCUACUGCAACAUUACGUUUAAAUUGAAUAUUAAUGCGUGUUUUAUAUUUAAUUUUGUUCCACAGCGCAGCGGUGUGCGCGCGCGUCAUCAUCUUCCUUGACCUUGUACGAGAAGAUCAAAAAACUCAAUUAACACAAUCGCUGCCAAGCGAUAUCUCCGGGAUUCCCCAACUCCGUGUAAAUUUGGGGAUCCUGUUAUAAUAUUAUAAUAACAAUUGUCAUUAGUUUAUUAAUUGUAUAACAUAACUCGUUAGAGGCGCCCGGUGUGCUGUGUUCAAGCCCGCAGGCAGGCAGGUACCAAUGUCUCUAGUGAAUGAGGGAACGCAACGAGCUUAUGACCCUGACGCACGAGUCGCACCGUGCAGCGGCUGGAGGAACCCUCAAGUCGAGACGCGUGACUUCUGCGCGGAGCUCGGCCACCGCGCGUGACGGAUCACAACUAUUUACCAAAAUGAGUGUUAUACUCCGAUAAUAGAAACUCACUUCAUUUGAGGAAUAUAAGAGAAAUAAAGAUUCAGGUAGCACAGGAUAGAAACAAAGUAAGGAAAAUGAAAACUAAGAAACAUAAGUAUUAAUAAACCUGCUAUUGAUUGAUAAGUAUCAUAUAAGCUCAUUUAGUUUUACUAUUAGUGCGAUCGAAAACACAAAUCGAUACAUAAAUUUAAGGAACAUAAUAAAAUGAUUCGGCGUGGAAAUCCCUGCGUCUGGUGACGUCACCGCUGAGUUGUGCAGACACGUUAUAUAUAUGAGGGUCGCGAGAGUGUGGGCCGCAUGCCGCGUGCUGACGUGCUGGCACGCGCCGCUCCUCGACAUGGCCCGCCUCCACUCGGCAGUUGUACUCGCGCUCGCUCUCAGCUCGCUUCUCACAGAAAUAGCAGCCGAUUGCGACGUCGUCAGUAAAAAGCAAUGGGACGGUUUGAUCCCGGUGCACGUGUCGUACCUGGCGCGGCCCGUGAGCCUCGUCAUCGUCCAGCACACAGUCACACCCUUCUGCAGGACGGACGCUGGCUGCGAGGAGCUCGUGCGGAAUAUCCAGACCAACCACAUGGAGGCCUUGCAAUACUGGGACAUCGGACCCUCGUUCCUGGUGGGAGGUAACGGCAAGGUGUACGAGGGCUCCGGCUGGCUGCACGUCGGCGCGCACACCUACGGGUACAACUCGAGGUCCAUCGGAGUCGCAUUCAUCGGCAACUUCAACACGGACGAGCCGAGCGGCGCGAUGCUGGAGGCGCUGCGGUCGCUGCUGCGCUGCGGCGUGGAGCGCGGCCACCUCGCGGGGGACUACCGCGUCGUGGCGCACCGACAGCUCAUUGCCUCUGAGAGCCCCGGCCGGAAGCUCUACAACCAGAUACGACGCUGGCCUGAGUGGCUGGAGAACGUGGACUCCAUCAAGAACGCGUAACAUUAUCACAGCGUAUCGCAUAGCGCCGUUCUUGUUGUGUUCAGAUCUUGGACAAGUGUCAACUCAUAUAGUAUUUACGCGUAAUAUAAUUUAAACUACUUAUAAAUUAAAAUUAAAA